UUUUGUGAUGAUCAGACGAAACACAGCUGUCAAGGGGUAUUGAAAAUUUUCGACUACGGCCUGAUGGCAGGCGUUUCGUGCAAAGCAAUCAUAGUAAAAAAGCAACAAUUCGGAACGGUGCACUGUGAAAAUCGGCACGGUAGUGAGGUCUGUUGGAACGUUACUGGCAUCAACGGCCACUUGGCAGAACACGGGUUUUGUGCGCUGCUCGUGUUAAUUUUUCAGUAUGGCCAGCGGAAGUGAGAGCUCCGAUGAGUUUUACGAUGCACUGGAGGACAGUAUAGUGGCUAGAUCUUCGAUCGAAACUGAAGGAGGCAGGGCCACAAGUGGUGGUGGCAGCACUAGCAAAAGACGUUCCGCGAAUCGCACCGAAACGAGUCAUUCGGCGGAGCACGUAACCAGCAGAGAUCAUCAUGCAGCACCGUACACGGAAAGUUUGUCAUCCGUACAGCAAGACCGGAUCGGACAGCUUGUACCGAUCGUGGACAGCACCACGAGAAGGAGCCCUCUCAAACCGGCCACGAAAGGGCUCUCGGAAAGUGUGGCCUCCGCUGCCUUUGGUGACAAACCGUUCAAAGAACCGAAGUCGCUUCGUAGUCAGCGAUUUCACGAGUUGCGCCAAAGCAUGCAAAACGACGAAGACGAGAAUCCUGGCAAUAUUCUGACGCCUGACUCACAGAAUAGCUCCGUAGAGGGUAUGUACGUGACAAGCAGCAGAUCGAACUAUCCGUUUCGCGUGAUUGAAAGCGAUGUUGCCAGCAUCCACAGCAUUUCCUCACUCGGCAUUGUCGGGCGCAUAAUGGCGGGCGGUAGUAUAGAUGCAAGCGCGCACAGCGCAGCUUCAUCCAGUAUGAAGCAGAUGCAAGCGACGAGCAAACAACAAACCAGUAAAAAAGCCAGCAGCGGAACAGCAAAUACAGAUGUUACCAACAGCACAAAGCACCUUGCUAACUCGAAAACCACCGAUGCAGCGGUAUUCACGGUCCCUACCACUACCACCACCACCACCACCACCACCUCCGUACCAGAGCGCCCAGUGGCACCGCCACGUCGGAAGAAGAAGACGCGCAAACUGUCGAGCAGCUCGUCCGAGCAGUUCAACAUGAACGAAGGCCUUAAGCUACCACCGGCAGACAGCUCAUCGAGCGAGUUGCUUAUGGUGAAGCUACCACCACCGAUCGGUGAUGCGGGUGGCCGUGGUGUUGGGCUUGAACAGGCCACCAUCAUCACUACCAAGCACAGCAGCAGCACGGGAAGCAAUGGGGUGAGCAGUGCGAGCGGGUCCGACGUUACCACGACCGGUGGGGACAGCACCAGCGGACAAACGCUUCCAUCACCGGCCACGCUGGAAUCGAUCACGCGCGAAAUAGAGAACUCGUUUGAAGAGGCAGCGAGUGCGGUUGUGGUCACAAAUGGUGGUAGUGGUAGCGUUGGUGGUGGCGAAGGUUCAUUAAAGCGUAUUGCGCACCAAUCGUCCACAGCAAUGGCGCUCGGCGGCAGUCAGUCGAAAUGUAGCCAUAUCAGCCCAACGGGCAGCAUUAAGAGCAUUUCCGGUCCGUCGUCCCACGUCAGCUGGACGGACAAUGCGCAGGGGCUGAACAUUUACAAGGCAACCAAGGGCCAGUACGUGGUGAAGCCGACCGAUGGUGCAUUCAACAAAGCGGAAGGACCGUCCCGGGAUGAGAUUGCACGGGUCGAGCGUAUCCGGCGGGAAUUUUUCCGCAAUGUCGGUAGCGUCGGGGCGGGCGGUAGUGGUACGGGCAGUGUCGGCGGUGUACCGGGGCUUGGUGUCGGUGGGAUGAGCAAUCAUCGCAAAAACUACUCCUUCACCGGUACGAACAGUCUGGAAGGUGGUAUACGGCAUGGUAGCCAGACCGGCAAGCAGCUGCAUUUGCGCGAGCGCCGUAAAUCUGCGGGCGAUGAGGAACAGUUCAAGCAGAUGAACAUGUACGUACGUACGCGCACCAACUCGGGCAAGCAGCUGACGGAUAUGGAGAUACUCGAACAGGUGCCGGUGAAGAAUCUGGAUACGGGGGAAAACUUCCCACUGUCGGCAGUGGAGGAGAAGUUACCGCACUGUAUCAAUCCACUGUCGUUGCACAUCAUGCGCCUGACGAGCCAUAUCCCGGAAACGGACGAAGAGUCGGUUGGGCCGCAACCGGACUCGGACUCGAUACAGCCCGGGUACGAGGAGGAGCUGGAAGCGGAGGGAAUGGAGGGUGGCCGUUUGAAACGACGAACCGCACGGUUGAAACGAUUCUUCCGCUCGACGGCGAAGAAAACGGUCAACAAAGCGAAAUCGAUCGCGUCGGAAGUGUCACACGCACGGCACAAAGAGGAUGUAGCGGACAUACAGGAUGUGGGCAAUCCGGAGCAAAACAUUAAAAUUAAAGCGUCCAGCACGAACAAGGGACCGUACGAUUUUGCGAAGUUGCAGCACGUGCAGGAUCUGUCCGGGGAGCAUACGGUUGCGGUGUGGUGCAUGAAGUUUAGCAGCUGUGGACGGUUGCUAGCGACCGCUGGACAGGACCGUGUGCUCUGCAUCUGGGUGCUGAAGGAUGCCUAUCCCUUCUUUCAAACGAUGCGCACGAAGUACAAUGCGUACCAAAAAUCGUCACCAUCACCGUCGGAAGAGGCACUCAACACGACGUUCGUUUCCGUGUGCAAGGAUGAAUCGUUUUCGGCGGAACCGUCCGAUGAUCCAUCGCCGGGACCGUUUAUGUCACGUUCGUUUUGCACCUACACCGGCCAUACGUCCGAUCUGCUAGAUGUGUCCUGGUCGAAGAAUUACUUCAUCCUGUCCAGCUCGAUGGACAAAACGGUCCGGUUGUGGCAUAUCUCCCGGCGCGAAUGUCUCUGCUGCUUUCAGCACAUUGACUUCGUGACCGCGAUUGCGUUCCAUCCGCGGGAUGAUCGUUACUUUCUCAGCGGCAGCCUGGACGGUAAGCUGCGCCUGUGGAACAUCCCGGAAAAGAAGGUCGCCCUGUGGAAUGAGGUGGACGGACAGACGAAGCUCAUCACGGCGGCAAACUUUUGUGCGAAUGGUAAAUUCGCGGUCGUCGGUACGUACGAUGGGCGGUGCAUCUUCUACAACACGGAUCAGCUGAAGUAUCACACACAGAUCCAUGUACGGUCGACCCGUGGCCGUAAUGCGAUCGGGCGCAAAAUCAGCGGUAUCGAACCGAUGCCAGGUGAGGAUAAAAUUCUGGUCACAUCAAACGAUAGCCGCAUCAGGUUGUACGAUUUGCGGGAUUUAAAUCUUAGCUGCAAGUACAAGGGUUACCUAAACUCGUCCUCCCAAAUCAAGGCGUCUUUCAGCCAUGACGGCAAGUACAUCAUAUCCGGUUCGGAAAAUCAAUGCAUCUACAUCUGGAAGACGCACCACGAAUACACCAAGCUUAGCUCGGUUCGGCGUGAUCGAAGCGAUUUCUGGGAAGGUAUUAAGGCGCACAACGCCACCGUAACGUGUGCAAUAUUCGCACCCAAACCGGAGGCAAUUAUCAUGCCCGAUUUGGACGAAUUCAACCGCAGUGAUAUCACACUCAACGUAUCACUCGUGGAACAAGCCAUCAAAGCGUGCGGUGGAUAUGUGAUGGUAAGCGCCGACUUUAGCGGUUGUAUUAAGGUGUUCAUCAACAAAACGAAACCGAAGCACAGCAGCCUUCCGUACACGGCAAUAGCGGAUUGAACGGUGAUGCAUUCACGGUCGUUACACGGUGCCGAUCAGCAAUCAAAAUUUCUGUUCAAUUGUCCUUGUUUUUUUUGCUAUUU